UUUACCUGCUAAUGUUGGUAAUAGAUAUGGAGAUUUGCUUGCUUGAGCUACAUUUUCAAUGAAAUUAUUCCAAGAUUCAUCUAACAUAAACAAUGGAUUGGCAAUUAACUUGCCGAGUAUGUCUGGAAACGGGAGAUAUGGUUUCCUUGUUCGAUUGGGACGAAAACAAUGAUCAACUUAGCGACAAAUACACUGCGUGCUGUGGCGUAGAGGUUACUAAAAACGAUUCACUGCCAACGUUAAUAUGUCUGAAUUGUGUUGACCGGUUGACAUAUGCGUAUGAAUUUAAAAAGCAAUGUUUAUCUUCUAACGAAACACUGAAAGAGUGUUUGGAUGAGUUUCUAAAAACCUCGUCUCUGACUAGUACAGGCGACAACGAUUCCAUUACCAAAUCUGAAACUGAGACAAUCACCGUAAAGCAACAAAAUGGCAUGCUGUUGCAAUAUGAGCUUCCAGUGGAACAUGAACCAUCAAUACAGUGGACUCGACGCCUUGUUAGGAAUGACAACAAUGCUGUUGUAUUUAAAGCCCCAGAGGCAAAGAAAAGAGGACGGCCUCGUAAAUAUCCAAAUCCACAUGGCGCAAUUGAAGUAUCACCAUAUCACCGCAAAAAACCCAAGGAAGAGGUAAGGGAACCCGAAUCGUUAACAUCAUUAAUUGCCUCUGGAACAUUGGAGAUUAAACAAGAACCAGAUUCUGAUGAAACACUGUUUCAAUUUGAAGAAAUGGCUGAGGAUUCUGAUCCAGAUUUUGUUCCUGGGGAGGAAGAGGCCGAUGAUGUUCCGUUACAGCAAAAUACCCCAAAGAAACGCGGUCGGCCGAGGAAAAUAAGACCCCCAGCGGUAGAUGUGAAAAUAGAAGAAGAAACGGAAGACAUGCUGCUAAAGGAAACCAUUAUGGCAUUCUCUGAACCCAUACAUGAUGAUGCUCUUAACCCAAAACCAAAGCCUAAGAAGAAAAAAAUUCAACAGAAGAAAAAGAAAUAUGUGUAUUCUAAGACUCACGUGUGUGAAACAUGCGGUGCGUCGUUCACUUCAAACGCGUCGUUGCAAGCGCAUAUAAGACGCCAUUUAGGAAUCAAGCCAUUUGUAUGCAGCGUUUGCGGGUUCGCGGCCGUGGCUAGUAUAGAGUUAAAACGGCAUAUGGUGAAGCAUACGGGUCAGAGGCCUUACCCGUGUCGACAUUGCGAUAAGACGUAUACAGACUUUGGUACACGACAGAAACAUGAACGAUUGCACAUGGGCAUUCGUCCCUACCAGUGUUCGUUAUGUGGAAAGUCGUUUACGUACUCGUACGUACUCGCUAAUCAUAUGUUGACUCACACCGGGGAGAAGAAGUAUUCAUGUGAGCCUUGCAACAAGAAAUUCACGAAGGCCCAUCACCUGAAGUACCACAACAAAGUCCAUCAUAAGGAGCUGUACAUCCAACAGCAGCUGGAGCAAGAGGCAAAGAAGAUGAGGCAGAGGAUCAACAUCUCCAACCUCUCGGGAGUCAUCUCGGGGGAGAUCGUUGAUGGAACGUUGCAGCUAACGCAUAUCACUGAUGAUGGAGAACACGAGUCCCAAAUGGAGGUGGUCGAACAGGAUGAUGAACAAAAUGAGACAGACCGGGCUGUCGCUGACAUGCAAGCGGUGGUCCUAGAUUCGGAGUUUGCAGGCGAUGAUGACCAUAAGACGCGUAUAAUUAGUCAUAGUGAGAUUUAAUCAUAAAUUUAAUUAAAUACAUAUCCAAUUGUAUACAAUAGAAUUAACAAGUGACUUACAUUAGUGGCUUAAACUCGAAUUCAGUAGCGUGCCUAGUAAUAAAAAACUGCCAAAAAAUUAUAUAUUUAGAUAUCAUUAUAUCAAAGUAUAUGUUUUUUUACUUCAAGUUCCAUAUAAGGUCCUCCAAUAGAUACCUCAUAAUUUAAAAACAUGUCUAGUUGCACAGUUUUUAGUUUUUUUUAGUUGUCUCUUUUCAUCUCAUCAUGAACAUAAUCUGAAAGAAAGAGACAAAAGAUUUCAUAAGUUAAAAGUGCAAUUAGAUCUUUAUUUAUAAAAAAAAAUCAUCUAAAGGGGGUUUGGUUAAGAUGGUCUCAACAUCUUCUGUUUCUAGCUUAUUUACUUUACUAGGACAUAAAGACUGAAGUGGAAAGUAAUCUUAUUUUUAUAAUUGUCUGCUGAUAGUGACUAAUGUAAAAUUUUAAAUUAAAGCUUGUGUAAUAUAUAUAUAAUUAAAAUUAGGUAUUUUUUGAGGCUGUUCUUUGUUUUUGCAUAUUUGCAUAUUUAACUUUUGAACAAAAAUCUUCUUCAAGGUAGAAAUAUAAAUUUAAGAUUUACAAUUUUCGUCUUUUUUUGGUCGUUACAUUAGGUAUAUGUCAUGGGAUUCCACGCUAUUGUGUAUAUUAUAAACAUUUCAUGUAAAUAAUCAUUUAAUCUUGUUGAAUAAAUCAUUGAUUCAGUAA